UUUUGUUUUACUGCCACAAGGUCACGGUUAUCUUCUGCGCAACAUGGGUGUGAGAGGUGCACGUAAGCAUUUAAAGCGACUCAAUGCGCCGAAGCACUGGAUGCUCGCUAAGCUUGGUGGCAAUUUCGCCCCUAGGCCAAGCACUGGACCUCAUAAACUCAGAGAGUGUUUACCUUUGAGUAUUUUUCUUCGGAAUAGAUUAAAGCUAGCUCUGAACUACAACGAAUGCACUCGGAUUUUGGCUCAGAAGUUUAUAAAAGUUGACGGAAAAGUCCGAACUGACAAGAAAUAUCCUGCUGGUUUCAUGGACGUUAUCUCCAUCGAGAAGACAAAUGAGCACUUUAGGCUUAUAUAUGAUAUUAAAGGACGCUUCGCCAUCCAUCGUAUUCACCCCGAUGAAGCGAAGUACAAGCUGUGCAAGGUUCGGAAAGUGCUAACUGCUUCCGGCGGUGUGCCAUAUCUCGUUACGCAUGAUGCCCGCACCAUCCGUUUCCCUGAUCCCAAUAUUAAACCAAACGACACAGUACAGGUGGAUAUUGCCACCGGAAAGAUUCUUAACCACAUCAAGUUUGAACCAGGGAACAUUUGCAUGGUUACUGGCGGCAGAAACUUGGGUCGCGUUGGUACCAUCACACAAUGGGAACGACAUCCUGGGUCUGUUGAGAUGGUUCACGUCCGGGACAGUGCCGGACACCAAUUUGUCACUCGCUUGAACAAUGUCUUCACAAUUGGUAAAUCGAAUAAGGCGUGGGUAUCUCUUCCCCCGGGCAAGGGCGUACGCUUGUCACUCAGCGAGGACCGCGAACGCCGGAUCAGGUCACGACAAAACCCUGUUUGAUUUUGAAAUAUACUAUUGGAAAAUGUUUUGUUCGUGCUGACCGAUAGUUUGUUGAGGGACAAG